AAGAAGAAUGGAAAAAAAAAAUAGGUAUUUCUAUAUGUUCCACUCUCUCACUUGCGUUCCACAAAGGAGAAAACUACCCUCGGUAUAUAAGCCCGAGUGUCAUCCAACUACUGGCAUCAGUUCUUCAACUAACCAACUUCAGUCAACAUGAAUCUGUUCAUCGUCGCCGCUGUCUUGGCCGUUGCUGCCGCUGCUCCUUCCAGCUACUCCAAGGAUGCCGAGAUCGCCAUCGUGGCCCAAUCCGAUGUCCGCAACGUCGAUGGCAGUGGCGCAUGGAGUUAUGCCGGCUCUGACGGAACUACCCGUGAUGAAUCGUACGCUCAGAAGCAAUUGGCUGCCCAGUCUAGCUAUGGCAAAGACGCUUACGGCAAGGAAUACGAGUCCGGAGCUGGACACACCAAUAAAGGAGCUACCUAUUACAUUUCUCCUGAAGGACAAAAGAUUACGUUGACCUGGGUAGCUGACGAGAAUGGAUUCCAGCCCAAGGGUGACCACUUGCCCGUUGCUCCCGUUCACGUUUACGAACUCCCAGUUGCUCCCGCCCUUCCCUACGUCCGCAGCGGACCUGGAUUUUAAGAAUAGCAUUUAUCUCCAUUGCCUUCCAAAGAAACAAACCAGUCCCUCAUACUCUUGAAAUGUUUUUUUUUUUCUUUUCUUUCUCACUUACGUCGCAUAUGUCAAUGUGAUCUAAUAUAUUCUUUCCUGCGGUGUAAAUAUUAUACACGGUGUACCAAAAUACAAAUCAAAAAACAUAAA